GGUCGCGGAAUUUUCAACGGGAAGACAAUAGGGUGGACUGUUUGAAGAUUCUGCGCGUUGGGAGGGAAUUUAUGGGUCGAUAAUGCAGGAAUUCUUGAGCGUUAUCGGCCGCAGGGGGCGCUGGGCUCUGGAGGUAUAUUUGAAAGGUUUCAGCGAGGAUUGAUUGAGGCUGAAAAAGUCGAUUUAUUUAGUUAUUGAGGAUGAGAAUUCAAGAUGAUUUCUCAUAAUGAGGCGUAUUACGAGAGCCGGAGGCCGAUCGAGGAUCUGGGGACUCUGGGGAAUUUCAAGAGGUUCAUCUGGAAUCCGGAGAAACGAGCGUUUCUUGAUCGCACGGCGAAGGAAUGGGCAACAGUAGCAUUGUUCUACUUGUGUUUCUUCGGAGCUCUAUUCUCAAUCUUUGCUCUUCAACUCUGGAUCACACUCGAUUUCGUGGCUGACCUGGAGCGGCCGUAUUUGAAGCACAGUAGUCAAGUCCCUGAGGAAUUUUUCGCUGGGAGGCGAUCGCUGUUUCACGCGCCGCUGAUCAAAUUUGAAAAUCCGGGUCUGGGUUUUGUGCCCAACAUAAUUCAAACGGCCACCUCCUCCCCGAUAAUUUGGAUCAGCGAUGCGAACAAAAAUGGAAAUCCAGAUCGAUACGUCACAGCGAUCAGAAAAUUUCUCGCCGAUUACAAGCGAGAUAGAUCAAAUUAUGACGUUAAUUGCUCCGACAAAGGAUCACGCUCUGUCCCAAGGACGAAGCCAUGUUUUUUUGAUGUCACGACGCUCGGGGAUUGUUCAAUGCCACCUUUCGGAUAUAAAUUUCCCUACCAGCCUUGCGUUUUUAUCAAAUUUAAUAAGAGAUUCGACUGGAUUCCGAAUUAUUACAACAGUACUUCAGAGCUACCGGAAGUGAUGCCAGGAGAUCUGAAACAAAUGAUUAAACUGUCAGGGCAGGGGAGAGUUUGGUUGUCGUGCAAUGGUGUAAAAAACGCUGAUAAAGAGCACAUGGGAAUGAUAAGCUACUUCCCAUCACCCGGAUUCCCAUUUUACUAUUUCCCAUUCACCGGACAUUCGCAGUAUCUCUCGCCAGUGGUAGCAAUUAUGUUUCAUAAUUUGACAGUGAAUCGAUUGGUUAAUGUUGAAUGCCACACUUGGGCGAAGAACAUUGGAGACAGUCACGCUCUAGAUUUCCAGAUCGUCACGUUUUCUUGAAGGACCACACGUGUGCUCCGAAAAAAUGAUGGAAAAACGGGAGAGAGUGAAACCACAUGUGCUGCCGGCGAGAAUGGAAGAUAUC